UUGGCGGCGGCGACUCCCUCGCUCGUCCUCACUGCCGGCCGUCCCAGCUCCAGGCACCAUGUUCCCCGCGGUGUCCCCCAGCCACACCUUCCCCCGGCUCCCCCUGCUGCAGUUGCUGCUGCUGCUGGUGCAGGCCGUGGGGAAGGGGCUGGGCCGUGCUAGCCCGGCCGGGGGCCCCCUGGAAGAUGUAGUCAUCGAGAGGUACCACAUUCCCAGGACCUGUCCCCGGGAAGUGCAGAUGGGGGAUUUUGUGCGCUACCACUACAACGGCACUUUCGAGGAUGGCAAGAAGUUUGACUCGAGCUAUGACCGAAGCACCUUGGUGGCCAUCGUGGUGGGCGUGGGGCGCCUCAUCACUGGCAUGGACCGGGGCCUCAUGGGCAUGUGUGUCAACGAGCGACGACGUCUCAUUGUGCCCCCCCACCUGGGCUAUGGCAGCAUUGGUGUGGCGGGGCUCAUUCCCCCUGAUGCCACCCUCUACUUCGAUGUGGUCCUGCUGGAUGUGUGGAACCAGGCAGACACUGUGCAGGUGAGCACCUUGCUGCACCCAGCCCACUGCCCCCGCACUGUUCAGGACAGCGACUUUGUCCGCUACCACUACAACGGCACCCUGCUGGACGGCACCGCCUUUGACACCAGCUACAGUAGGGACGGCACUUAUGACACCUACGUUGGCUCUGGCUGGCUGAUCAAGGGCAUGGAUCAGGGGCUGCUGGGCAUGUGUCCUGGAGAGAGAAGGAAGAUCAUCAUCCCUCCGUUCCUGGCCUAUGGCGAGAAAGGCUAUGGGACUGUGAUCCCCCCGCAGGCCUCCCUGGUCUUCCACGUGCUCUUGAUUGACGUCCACAACCCUAAGGACACUGUCCAGCUGGAGACGCUGGAGCUACCUCCUGGCUGCGUCCGGAGAGCGGUAGCUGGAGACUUCAUGCGUUACCACUACAACGGGUCCCUGAUGGACGGCACCCCCUUUGAUUCCAGCUACUCCCGCAACCACACCUACAACACCUAUGUGGGGCAGGGUUACAUCAUCCCCGGGAUGGACCAGGGGCUGCAGGGCGCCUGCAUAGGGGAGCGCCGGAGGAUCACCAUCCCCCCCCACCUGGCCUAUGGGGAGAACGGAACUGGAGACAAGAUCCCUGGCUCUGCUGUGCUGAUCUUCGACGUCCACAUCAUUGACUUCCACAACCCUGCGGAUCCGGUGGAAGUCAAGAUUCUGUCCCCGCCCCCGGAGACCUGCAAUGAGACGGCCAAGCCUGGGGACUUUGUUCGCUACCACUACAACUGCUCCCUUCUGGAUGGCACCAAGCUCUUCUCCUCCCACGACUAUGGUGACCCCCAGGAGGCUACUCUGGGGGCCAACAAGGUGAUUGAGGGCCUAGACACGGGCCUGCAGGGCAUGUGUGUGGGAGAGAGGCGGCAGCUUGUGGUGCCCCCGCACUUGGCACACGGAGAGAGUGGAGCCCGGGGUGUCCCCGGCAGUGCAGUGCUGCUGUUCGAGGUGGAGCUGGUGUCCCGGGAGGAGGGGCUGCCCACAGGCUACCUGUUUGUGUGGCAUGAGGACCCUCCUGUCAACCUGUUCGAAGGCCUGGACCUCAAUAAGGAUGGCGAGGUCCCCCCAGAGGAGUUCUCCACCUUCAUCAAGGCUCAAGUCAGUGAGGGCAAAGGACGCCUCAUGCCUGGGCAGGACCCGGAGAAAACCAUAGCAGACAUGUUCCAGAACCAGGACCGCAACCAGGAUGGCAAGAUCACUGUGGAGGAGCUCAAACUGAAGUCAGACGAAGACCAAGAGCGGGUCCACGAGGAGCUCUGAAGGGUGGGGGCCUGGGCCCGGGCCCAGAUGCAAAGGCCCACUUCUGGGAGGACAGUGGGCAGUGGGACUGACCUCGUAAGAGUCAUCCUCCCCUGUGCUGGCAUGAUGUCUAGAAACAUCUAAAACAUGGUCAGAGGAGACAACUCUGGUCUUCCCACCAGUCCCAGAGUAAAAUCCAUGGCACAGAUCUCUACUCAGUUUUUCUCUUCUGACCCCAAACCCCUCCCUCAGAAGUUUUGGAGUCACAAAGCCAAGCUGGCCAUUGGCCGAGCCUGAGGGUUGAACAGGGCCAUUGCUGGCAUGUCACCCACACCUCCCCUCCACAUCACCAGACACUGAACAAGGCUGAGCUUGUCAUUCUUUCAUUUCCCCAAAUUUCCCUUUUUUCCAUACUUUUCCUUGCCAUCCCCAGCCACCCCCCUCCUGCCCCUAUUCCUGUGUCAUGGCAGCUCCCCAGGAACAUGAACCAGGACUGACCAGACUCUCAGCCUUUCUCUCUCAACUCUAGCUGGCUUCUAGGGAGGGCAGCGCCCCACCUGUCCCGUGUCCCCACACUUCCGCUGUCCACCCCCCACGAGGCCAGUAGGGGCUGGAGUGACCUUGGGGUGCAGCAUUCAGGGCUGGGCUUGUCAUUGCCUUUCACCCCUAAAGAAGGCUGUUUUCUCUAAGGGACAGAGAAGGGGAAGAAUAUGAAGUGGUUGGGGGCGAGGAUAACUACUUGGAUGGCUAUGACAUCCUUGGUUCAGGGCUGAGAUAAACUUGGAAUAAGGGCUCACUUGGGGUGAGAGGGGGGUAGGCAGAGCUCUGCACACUCAAAAGGCUAAAUUGGUGUCAGAUCCCUUUCUCCUUUGCACCAA